AACACACACACACAUACACUUUUCAAGAGCGUAUAUGAAAAGCAGUAGUGGGGGGGUUAAAGAUAUUUUUUAAGGUUAUGAUUGUUAGACUGGCAUGAUUUGAAGUUUAUCAUGUGUCUUUCUUUUUUGAUAUUUUAAAUGAAAAGGAAAAUAAAAAUGGACAGCAGCGAGGAGUUACCCAAUAAAUUGGCCCUUGUUGAACGAAAUAUCGCACCUCAAGGUAUACCACUGGUGGAUCCAAAUGCUACAAGUAAAUCAUCAAAGGGAGACUUGGUUGCAUUAGCAAGAGAAAUAGAAAAAGCUGACAGUUUUGUCAAAGCUAACGCAUACAAUAAGUUGGAAGUUAUUACAGAACAAAUGAGAUUUCUUCGUAAACAAGCUGAAAAUAUUUUAUUAGAAAUUGAUAGGAAUAUGAAAUUAAAUCACGUUGCUUGUAAUUUCGUAAAAGUACCUGGCCAAGUAUAUCAUUUAUAUGAACGUGAAUCUGGUCAAUGUUAUUUUUCUAGAAUUAGUCCACAAGAAUGGGGUACUUCAGGCCCAUCUCAAACUUAUAAAGGAUCAUACAGACUAGAAGAGGAUCAUUCGUGGACACCUUUUUCCAAUAUUCAUGAUAAAGAUAAUGAAUUCAAUAUUUUUAAUAAACUCUUAGCGGAUAAUAAGCAAUUAAGUAGUAGUUUGCAAACACUUUCUAUUAAAAUAAAAGAUUGAUAACAACAACAUAAAAUACAUAAAUAAUUACAAAUCAUAGUUAAUUCAACAAAGCAGAAUUUAUUUGAAACUUAUAUUAUUCAAUAAAAGU